CUACCUUGUUUUAAAGACUGCAUUCGCGCCAUUGCUGAAUGAGAACUAGGGUUUCCACACGAAAUAUUGAGUGGUAGAGUAGUUGUAACAAUCUCUUUCCUGCUCCUCCCCUCUUGCAUUCUAUUUUCUUAUAUUUCUCCUCCCUCUUUUCCUUCCCCUUUCCGAAUCACAAUCCCACUCUCGCCUCAUCAAAGCUGCUUAGAUUAUCCACGCAGUGAUGCGUCCACAUUUCAAGCCAGUCCAUACUGAGGAACUUUCGGACGACGAUGGAGAAACUGUCUUUAGAAGCAUGGUCGAGAGGUCUUCUAUCGGAUGGCUUACUCCGUCAUUAAUAGCUGCGAGUUUGACAAUUGCCACAGCUUCAGCAAUAGGUCACUAUAGCUUCUUUCAAUACCUCAACAAUGGGCAAGAAACUUCCAGGAUUCCUCAGUCCUGGGUCACGACAGUGUCGACUGCGAUCGUCAAAAUUUUCAGCAUAUGUGUGGGAAUUGCGCUAGAUACCGAAGAUCCAGUGAUAACCCAGACAGUCAUUCUAAAUACACCGAUGGCGUCAUUCACGUAUGAUGCAUCUGGUGUAGAUACUGUAUCCAUUACGCUCGAUGCUGAUAUCCUUCAAUCUUACCUGGAAAACACAAUGAUCUCGAUGCUCACUCUGUCAAACCAAGACGUCUGGACUGAGGUAACGACAGGAGAGUACGUCAAUCGAUACAGCUUCAAAUAUCCGGCAAAAUUAAUCAUCCCAUACGCAACUAUACUCGUUGGGUCAGUUGUUUUCAUCAUUCUUGGUGUCCUUGCAUUGGUACGGAAUGGUGUCUCAGCAAGCAGCGGAGGCUUUACACAGUUGUUAUGCACCACCAAAGGAAGUCAGAUCUUGGACGACAUGACGGUUAACGCUUCUCUGGGCGGCGAUGCUAUUCCCGAUGAGUUGAAGAAUCUGGUUGUGAAGUAUGGAGUAUUGAGAAAUGGGGCUGUUGUGAGGACUGGAUUUGGGGUCCCAAAUGAAGUGCAGGACUUGAUGAGCGGCAAGAACUAUGAGUGA